AAAUGAGUAAUAAAGUUUCUAUCGAAAUUCCACCUCAAUAUGACGAGACCCCACAUAAAGGUAGUCCUGUUAGUAUGAUGAAAUUCUCCCCCGAUGGAAAAUAUCUUGUUACUUACAGUGAAGUCAACGAGAAAUUUGUCUGUUGGAAUGUUGGAAGUAUUAAAGAUGUAUUAGAAAGCAAAUGCGUAAAAGCAAGCCAAUUUUUAAAAAGUUGCGAGAAUGAAUUGAAUAAAAGUAUUAUCCAUAUGUGUAUCUCUAAUGAAAUGAUAUUAGCUUAUAUUGAUGAUGAAUAUGACAUUAAAAUCAUCGAUAUGAAUGAACCAUUUCAAGAAAUCAAAUUGUAUUUUGAAUUUGAUGAAAUGAAGGUAGAAUUUUGUAACUUCAACGAACAAGGACAACUGAUAUUAUUUUGUUCUGUCAGUACAAACACUAGAUUUGAAUAUAUAAAUAUUGUUUGUGUUUAUUUAAUCAUAAAACAAAGCAAAAAUACCAAGUGUCGAAAGUUUUACAAGAUACCUAAAGAAGCGGAGAUUAACAUUGAAGAUAUUAGAAUAUCAAAUGAUCAAGAUUAUACUUGCCUGAAAAUGGAUGAUGAGAAAAUUAUUAUUCAUUCAGAUAAACUGGGAAUUUCUAAGUCAUUGGAUUUGAAUGAUGAACAAUUGAAAAGUUUUAUGAUACAUCAUCAACAUUUGUCAUAUUUUUUAUUUGAUGAUCGUUUGAUUUGGAAUCCUGACAUUAAAGGCUAUAAUAUUGAAUCAGAAAUUUAUAAAUUUGUAAAUGUAGACAAAUUUCACUUGGUAUCAUCAGCGGUAUUAAAAAAAGAGGAGCCUAUAGAACUUGAUGAAUUAUCUGAAUUAUCUCAAGAACAAAUUGAUUUGUUUAAUAAGUAUGAAUUAGAUAAAGGUUCUAUUAUAUGGAAAAUUAAAAUUGAAGGAUUAGAGAAUCAGAAGUUUAAAAUCGAUGAAGCUCUGAAUAUUGAUACGGAAAAUUUUAUUGAAAAGAUUUCUGAUAUUAAAAUUAAAAAAAAUGAGAAUGAUGUUGAAAGCCGAAUAAAAAUAUACAAAAAUUCAAUCAAAGACUAUAUUAUUAAAAUGAAAAGUAUAAUUAAACUAGAUAUUAAAUCUGAUGAAGCUUUAACGUUGGAUUUUAUUGAACUGCUAACUAAAAUUGAAAAAGAAGAGAAAGAUCAUAAAAAAUGGAAAAGCAGAAUCGAAAAAUUAACGAAGGAAUUUACUAAACGUAUAACAAAGGUUAAAAAUUUAGCAGAAAGUUCUUAUAAUAUUAAUAUUGAAGAAAAUUAUUUGUCUUUUAGCAAAGAUUUCAUUCGUUUAUUUGGCGCAGAAAAAUAUUUAAGUCACGCAAAUAAAUCAAGAAAAACAGAUGACAAAAAAGUCCAAAAAAUCAAGUUUCUUGCUCAUAAAUCAAUAAAUAAGAAUAAUAUA